CGUCGUCGUAAAGCUGUGACACGCGUUUGUGGGUGGCGAAUCCGCGCCGAAGCAAAGAAGGACCUCCUGGAAGAGAAGCAAAGCAAGACCUUCUGGAAGACGUUGAUCGAAACCGAGAUGGCUGGUGUGCCAAUCGCGACGCUGCUGAUCGCGCGGUCGUCACCGGUGACGCGGUGACCGGGUGGACGUCUUCGCCGAUUAGGCGCCAGGAAAAGCUCGCGAACAGCUCAGACCAUUGUUUGUGUUUAGUGAGUGGCACGGUCACUGUAGAGCUCCCCUAGUGCGCGUGCAGACCAGCAGCGAAGAACGUCGCGUGCAAUUGGAACCUGCGAGCAAGAGGGCUAAAGGACUGCUACACCAGAUGUCCUAAGGACAAGAGUGCGCAGGCUCGCUUUUUCGUGACACCCGCGAAAAGCAAUCUUCGGCUGCCCCGGACCGCAGUCCUGGGCUAACCACAAAAGGUAGACUCGUCCGACAGUCGGCGCCAAGGGGGCGACCGACACCCGCAGUUUCGCGACGCCGUCCGUUCAGGAUUACUACCUCGGCGAGAUCGGCCGCAGCAGCUUCACCACGCUGAACUUCGCGGACUUCUCGGCCGCCUACCCGACUCCCAUGUCGGGGGUGGUGGCCGACCCCCUGGACCCGGACAAGUCGGCCUUCAUGGAACUGCAAGGACAGGCGGCGCCCGCUCCGCACCAGCCGUACCCUCUUCGCGCCCCGGGCUACCAGCCGCCCGGCGCGCAGGGACACGACGGCCCGCCGGGGUUCCAGACGCAGGGUCCGCCCAGGGCUCCCCUGGGCGCGUACCCGUUUCCGGGCAUCAACAACGGACCCCUGCACAACUCGUACGGCGGGCACCCGACGCAUCCGUACCUGAGCUCGUACCCCGGUGGGCCCUGUGGACCGUGUCCGUCACCGCCGAGGGACGACAAGUCCCAGCUUGACGACACGCUGAGGGUGAACGGCAAGGGAAAGAAGAUGCGCAAGCCCCGCACCAUCUACUCUAGCCUCCAGCUUCAGCAGCUCAACAGGAGGUUCCAGCGGACCCAGUACCUCGCCCUGCCAGAGCGCGCCGAGCUCGCCGCCUCCCUGGGACUCACGCAGACGCAGGUCAAGAUCUGGUUCCAAAACAGGCGCUCCAAAUACAAGAAAAUGCUCAAGGCCCAGCAGCAGGGCGGCACUGGAGGCGGUGGCGGAGGAGGUGGUGGAGGAGGCGGCGGCACGCCCACCACGCCAGGCAGCGUGGGCACGCCUCAGCCCCAGAACCAGGGUCCACACACUCCGAACCCGCCCGGUACUCCGGGCCCACCGUCGCUGGGGCCGCCGAACUCCGCGGGCACCCCACAGUCCCCCAGCGAACCGUCGCCUGGACCUCAGAGCCCUCCCACGAGUCACCAUCAUCACCAUUCCCAGCACCAGCAGCCGCCGUCGCUGCCACCGCAUCACCCUGCGCAUCCGCAUCACCCUCAUCACCUGCCUCACGGAGCGAGCCUCACCCCGCCCGCCAUGUCUCCACCGCUCGGCACUUGGGAGAUGUCGCCAGCGGCGGCCAAGGCUGUCGCCAUGUCCAGCUACAUGCCUCAGUACACGUGGUAUCACCAGACGGACCCUUCCAUGAACCAACAAAUCCUUACUUAGCGUCGUUCUUUCGCCGUCAUGGACGUGUUGUUUGCCGGAUUUUUUUUUUCCUUUCUCCCGCUUUCGUGUGCGUGUGUCUGCGUGACUGUGUAUGUGUAACGGUGCGCAUGCGCGACCGGUUGCGUGGGAACACUGCACCAACUGGCUUGUGCGCACCUUCUUCUUCGGUGGGUGAGGACACCGUGCGGGAAAGAAUUGUGUGCGCCGACGCUCCCCGCCCUGCAACGCUGGCUUUACUUGUGGCGCAAGUCGCCACGAUGCCUGUGUGUCAUGGCCGGUAGCAGUGUAUACUUAAGGCAGCCUUCGGUUGGUUGUUAUUCUUCAAGCCAGACUUUGAAUGGACCCUUAGGCGCGCGUGAUAGAACAUAUGCUUCUUUAGUGCGGAGGAAUAUGAAGUCAAAAAAUUUAGAAAAAAAGGAGCGUGGACGCGCGAACAGUCAUUACACGCAGAAACUGUCGCUGUGAUGCCCAAGUUGAGGUGCCUGUAGAGUAAAAAUAAAUGGAACGUAAUGUCUGUACCUUGAGACGCCCGUAUCACCCAAACGGAUGACGCAAAGCAGAUAAUUUGUA